AUGGCUCUCGAAGAGCUGUCCGAUGCGCAUGCUAUUCUACUAGCUACACAACUCUGCGCAGAUGGUAACGUGGCGGACUUGCCUAUUCUACAGGCCCGGUUUCCCCAUUGUUUUCCGUUGGAACGCCUCCUGCGCAUCAUCUUGACCUUUCUCCCAGAGAGCAUAGAGCCCUCUCAGUACACAUCUGUGCUAAAAGAGCUGACAAAUAGCUCAAAUCUGCCAUCCGACCGACCGAUCAAUACAUCUGCCAUCCAGGACUUGUCCGAAUCGGUCGCAAGGAAGCGCGUGCGGAAGCUUCAUUUACGGCCACUGCAACGCCCUGACGAGGAAGAUGAGAUAGCUUCAGCAGAUCCUUUGACCAAAUUUCUUAUCCACCGGGCACAUCUGAUUGACUCGGAAACAGCACUGCAGCCCAUUAUCCUUGAGCUCAUCCUCCCGUUCUACGAGAACUCGCCAAUCAUUCGAACAUGGCUAAUAUCGAGCCUAUUACCAUUGCUUCGACUGAACUAUGAAUUCUACCCCCAUCGUGACGAAACUAUAUCUCUUGAGAUCCUGGAGUCUAUGGACGAUCAGACCGCGGUCAACGUUCUCUUGUCUUUGAUGAGCUCCGAAGAAAGCAACAUGGACUUGGUCAACAACCUGAGGGGUCUGAUUGGACCUUGGAUCUAUGGUGGUAAUCGGUCAAAACGGCGAAGGCUUAAUGAAGCAGCUCAGCAGAGUUCGCUUUCUUUCAGUGAAGGCUCCGAGAAACCUCGAGCAACCGAAUUGGCGGGAUGGGAACAUGUGAACGAAUGGCUACUGUCGCGGAGUCUUGUUGACCGAGACAGCGUUGUGAGCGCAUUUACCCACUGGGAUGGACCAUCAGAUGUGGAUUUGGGGGGUUAUGACAAUGCUGGUACGCAAUUGUCCGAAGAGAAGGCGAAAUAUUUACGGGUUCGAUACUGCCAGUCUGGUCUUGCUGUGGUUUAUGCUCAUGCAGACUCAUCGAUGGCUGUGCUGGAGGGCUCGUUCCAGGUCUUGAAGAGGGUCGCGAAGCUCCUUGAUCUUGAAGACUGCUUGUACCUCGCUUCUGAUUCAGAACUGCCAUAUGUGCACUAUGAUACCGAGUCAAUCUCCUCGACAUCCCGCGCAUCUCUAUUGCAGAACUCCCUUUUGAGACCGACGAACCCUCUUACAAAACCAUCGCCCCCAUCGAUUUCGUUUCUUAGCGCUUUACUACUCUCCCUUCGUAUAUUGACUGAACUUGGUCAUCUGGUUCCCUGCCGGGUUGCGGCAAACAUGUGCCUUCACAGCACUGAGGAAAUGCAAUUGGCUGAACUCAAAAGUGUGGUGACCUCUACUGUGAAGCAACCGAAUUCAAACCAAGACUGGUCUGUGGUUCGACAACGAUUGCUUUGGCUUCGAGAUUGGCAGGCGGAACAGUCAGACAACGCCUGGGAUGAACCUUCACCAUACCAUGGACUCUUCUGGCGGAUCCCGCGCGACACGGUUGAAACGGAGAUCUUGAAAGCGCUGCUGGCAGCUAAAGAGUAUCAAUUGGCUAUCGAUAUAUACGCCAACUCUAAACUAGCACCACUUAAUUCCGCCCAAGUGGAAGCUGCGGUCCAAGAGGCUAUAUUCACAGCGUAUGAUAAUGCAAGCAACGGAAAUCGAACCCGGGGCGGGAUGAAGAGAGCAUUCGACAUUUUACAAUCAUUCGAACCGCACUUCCCAGAGUCUGUUGUAUUCAAACAGAUCCACGCUCUCAUUGCCGCAACACAUGCACUCUCAUACUACUCGCUGACCCUGCAACACGGUGUUCCAUUUCAGCCCGUCAGCAUUCGCGUCCAUCACGAUCCCAUCCUCUUGAUCGAGAAAGUGCUCGAGCAAAACGCAAAGAGCUACACCAAACUGGACGACCUUCUCUCCAUUGGACGAAACCUAGUAGCUGCCGGCGUUCCCACGCAAGCGGCAUCACACGAAGCUGAAGAUGAGCCAACUCACCAUAAACCCCCAAAGGAGUACGCCCUCCUCACCGCAGAACGGCGCAUCACUUCACUAGCAAUUGCCUCGGCUCUAUCCUCCAACGACUUCGGCACAGCUUACUCCUACAUCCUAACCCGACUAACACCCCCGUCCCUCCUCUCAACCUCCUCGCCCCUCUUAAACACCCCCCUGUCCCCGACGACAUCACCUGGCGCGCCGUAUAUAACGCAGGUCGCUACCCGAAUGGAACUCCUCUCCCUCGCUCUUGUCCUCGUCCCAUCCCCAGACCCGCUCCCAGAAAUCCUCGGCGCCUGGCGACGCUGCGACGAAGAACUUACCUCGCUGCGCGCGCAAGAGCAGCAAGAAGAAGACCUCUGGGACAGAAAAGGCGAUACACUGACCUCCGUUCCGGGCGGGUUCGGACCCUCAGACUCAGAGCGCGAUGCCUUUGACACGGAGCAGCAGCGCGCGGCGCGACGUACGCGUGCCGCAAUGCCGAACUCUCAUCGCCACGAGGCGCCCAUGGGUCUAUUUGAGGUUGCUCGUGGUGCGGCUUUGGCGCUGCAUAAAAAUGCUUUCCCACUGAGGGGUGCUGCUGAUGGUUCUGCGCCGGUAGCUCCUCGGGAUGAUGAUCGGCCGCUGUCGCCGGAUAGUGAGGGCCGUGUUAGGAAGAGAGAUGUGGUUAGCAAUAUGAUGACUGGGGGCUUGGUUAGUGGGAUUGGCUGGGUUCUUGGCGCUGAUCCGGUGAGCAAGAAGUAA